AUGGUGUUCCUGAAGGUUGUGUUAGUCGGGCUGGCCAGUCCCCGGGGCCUGACGGUCCAAUGUUUCCCUCAAGAGUACUUCUCCCCUACGCCACCCUUCCACUUUAAGAUGUGUCGGACCAUACACCCGCUUUGCCUCGCCGGCUCGCCGGGGCCCGGGGGCGCAAUGUGGAUGUGGCUUCACCUCGCCAGCCUCACGGCGGCCUGCCGGCCUCCGGUCUCCGAGACGCGCUUCGCGCGUCUCGCUGCCGCCGCCAUCUCCACCGGCCGGCCGCUCCGGCUCACAAACCGGAGCGUGCAGCUUCACGCUCCCUUCCGGCUGCGCUCGAGCCAGCGGCUGACAAUCGUCGGCGGCGACUUCCACGGCGACGGCCACUCCCUCUUCCAAGUCGAGGGCUCACGGCAGGGCCUCCUCGACCUGCGCGGCGUGCGGCUCCUCCACGCCUCCUCGGCGGAGCGCUCUGAACGGCGCGAGAGUGUGGCCGCGAGAAAGCGCCCCCUUCAUGUGGCAUCAGCCGGGUUUAAACCACCCAGGCGCGCGCGCGGCGCCGCCAUCUUUGUGCGAGGCAAGGGGCAGCUGGCGCUCGAGCGGCGAGCCACGCGAGCGGGGGCGGCAAGCUUGGACCUGCUCGGCUCGCGCCUGAGCGGCGCGGCGCCGCACGCCAUCUGCGCACGCGGCGAGACGCGGCUGGCGGUGCGGCGCUGCACGAUCGACGGUUCUGCGGUGCGCGCCAUCUACGCGUAUCACUCGGCCAGCCUCGAGGUGUCGGACUGCUCCAUCAGCGGGACACGCUCGGCGGAGGUGGGGGCGGUCGAGGCGGAGGCGGCGGCAGCGGUGGAGGUGGAGGCGCUGAGGCCGACGGACUGCGCCUCGCUCUCGCUGUCGGGCAACGCGUUUGCAGACAACGCCGGAGGGGACCUCGCCGUCCGGGGCAACGAGUUUCGUGGACAAAAAAUUCUUUCCCGACGGAUACCGCACGGGCACCACAUCUUCGCCCCCGAACACACACAUAUGCUCUUCCCCCGCUUCGGCCGCCGCCUCUUCUCCACAUUGCCCGCCGCCACCGAGUCGUCGCUACCGCUGGAGGGUCAGGUCGCCUGGGUGGUUGGUGGGGUUGGCAUUGUCGGCUCAGGGAUUGCACACGGGCUGCUCGCUGCCGGCGCCACCGUGAUCGUGAACUCUCGCCACGAGCAGCGGCUGGAGAAGAUCAGCGAGGCGAUGGGCCACCCGGCUCGCCUCGUCACCGUUGGCGCCUCCAUGCUGCCGGGCCGCGCCGAGAUUACCGUGGAGCAAGUCAUGGAUAUGACCUCGAACCAACUCGACCACGUCGUGGCACAUGCGGGCGGGCGGCCGUGGGCGAGCGGCGGCGGCGACGAGACGUCGACCACCUACAACCGCGGCAGCGUCCUCCACAUUCCGGCCGACGAAUACGCCUCCGCCGCGUCGCAGCUCGGCUCCUUCCACUUUGCCGCGGCGAGCCUGCUUCUGCCGCGGCUCACUGAUGCGGGCAAAGGGUCCUACACCUUUGUCACGAGCAGCACCUCCGCCGCCUGGGGGCCUCGAUCGUACAUGACCCAGGCAAAGGACGCGGGAUGGGCGUCGCGCGUCGGCGAGCUGCGGCUCGGCAGCGGGCUGAAGCUCGACCGGCCAGAGGCGGAGCGGGAGAGCGAGCCUCGGGAGCGGCCACUCAGCCACACGAUCGGCAGCGUGGUGGCGGGGAUGGCGGCCAAGGGCGCAGGCGGCCUCGUGCAGGCCGACGACAUGCCGGAGCUGCUGCGGCUGGAACAGGAGCUCCGCUGA